GUACUUUUCCCCCUUUUUGUUUUGCUCGUUAAAUUCGCGUUCGGGGUAAAAAAAGAAUAUAUAACCCCCGAAAUGAGGUGGUUUUUGGGUGGAUAUUAGUUUUUUUUUGCACCGAAAAUAGCCGUCAUGGCUUUCGAUCACAAACACUUCAUAUUUUUGUUACUAAUAAUAUUCGUAAGUUCCGCAUUAGCUCAAUUAUCUGAGGAUCCAUACAAAGUUUUGGGCCUAAACAGACAUGCCACAACUCAGGAGAUACGAAAGGCCUAUAAACAACUGGCCAAAGAAUGGCACCCAGAUAAAAAUAGUCAUCCAGAUGCUGAAUUAAAAUUCGUGCAAAUCAAGAAGGCCUAUGAAUUGCUGAGUGACUCAGAUCGUCGGCGCUUGUAUGACCAGCACGGUGUCACCCACGAAGAUUCGCAUAUGUACAAGCAGAAGCAUGAUUACAGCAACUAUGGACGAUUUGCAAGUGACCCCCUUGAGGAGUUCUUCGGUAAGCAGUUCCACUUCGACCAUGACAUUAGCAUAUACCACAAGUUGUCGGUGACAACCAAUUACUAUGAGCAGACUAUUCUGGAAAAAAGUCGGGCAAUGCCCUACAUAAUAAUGUUCUAUAAUGAUUGGUGUUUCCGUUGUACUCGUCUGGUGGGAGCUUUUAAAAAGCUGAUUGAUAUACUGGAGCCAUUGGGUGUGCAGUUUGCCAGUGUCAAUGCGGCACACGAGCAGCGUCUAUUUCGUACGGCUGGUCUGAAUGAUUUACCUGGCUUGAUUUUAGUGCUUAAUGGUCAUAACUACGUGUAUCGCGAGAACACCCUCAGUGCCCAAAAAGUAGUGGAUUUUAUACGUAAAAAGCUACCCUAUCGCAUGGUCACCACGGUCGAUGACAGUAAUAUUGAUGACUUUUUAAAUGGCUGGAUGGAUAAUAAGGUCAGGGCUCUGAUUUUGGAGCCACGCAAUCAGACACGUCUACGCUAUUUGUUGUCUGCCUUCCAGUUUCGAAAUCGUGUGCAAUUUGGUGUGGUGCAUUUGGAGAAGUCCGACUGCAAGGAAAUAAAGGAACGCUUCCAAAUCCAUCCGAAUUUGGAUACAUUGCUGAUAUUCAAUGAAUUUGUAGAGCGACCAGUGGCCAGCGUAUCUAUGGCUGAUAUACCGACUCAAACUCUGAAUAGUAUCAUAUCAUCGAACCAGUACCUUAUGCUGCCUCGUCUUUCCUCACAAGAGAUACUCGAGGGCAUCUGCCCAGCUGAAUGGAAUCGCCCACGAAAGCGUCUUUGUGUUGUGUUGAUUACAGAAAAUUCAGAGGAGCACAACUUUGCCCGUGGUGCUUUGCGCAACAUUGCCCUACAAAGCGCCUUUAGCAUGGAGAAGGUACGUUUUGCCUAUAUCUACAAAGAAAAACAGCUGGACUUUAUCAAUGCCAUUUCACAAGGCUCUGAGAAUGAGAAACUUUUACGCAUUGUUGUUCUGUGGCGUCGUGACACCUCGCACAUCAAAUACGAAUGGGUCCAUGAUGCCAGCUUGGAUCUCAAGGAUCAUCCAUCCUCUGAUCAUUUGAUCAAUCACACCAAGCAGCAAAUAGACCAUACCAUACAGAAACUGCUGAAAACAUCGGAGGCCUUAAGCUAUGAAGCUUUUGUUAAGAAUCUGUUGGAUGAGCACGCCCAGGGUUUUAUACACAACUGCAUUAACAAAGUAUUUGGCAUGUACGAUUAUUUGGUAGACACCAUAGAAGAGCAACAUGUCUUGGCUGCACUCUCGCUGCUGGGAACCAUUGCAUUUAUGUUUGCCGUAGGCUAUGUCAUGGUCUACUUUGUGCGAGCCGAAGAAGAAAAUCUCAAGGCCAAAGGAGAACUUUCUCCGAAUGGCGGUGCCAAGACAAAUCGUCAACAACCUGAAUUAAGACUGCAUGAGUUAAGGGCAGAGAAGUACAAUGGUCUAAUACGACUCCUUAAGCCUGGUUGUCGGACCAUAAUUUUAAUUACAGAUUUGCAAUCGCGACCCAAAUUAAUUCCUCCCUUCCACAAGGCCGUGUGGCCUUAUCGCAAAAACAAAACACUAAUGUUUGGUCAUAUGCUGAUCGACAAAGGUCUCUCGUGGUAUUCGGAACUGUUACGCCAAGGCUUGGGCGAUACAAAAACAUUAAAUAUCAACCCAAGAAAUUGUGUUGGUACCGUUCUGGCAUUGAACGGCCAUCGUAAAUAUUUCUGCAUGUAUCAUGCCAAACAUCCGGAGACUUCACGCGGUGUUAAGAGAAUGGAAAAGAUUACGCGACAGUUGGUACGACGACCCGACGAUCCUGAGGUGGGAGCAUUCUUUAACGAUGCAAAUUCUGAUGAAUCAGAAGAUAAUGAGCCCAGAGUGCUGUUAGAGGGUAAUCUCUUGGAUGGCCUUAGCAAUUGGUUGGAUCGCCUUUUCGAGGGUAGUACUCAUCGAUAUUAUAUUAACUAUUGGCCGGAAUUUCCCACAAAAUAAAAAGCUUUAAAGUGGUCGAGUGGACAACAUUCAACAGCCACAUAGCCUGCCAAAAUCAAAUCAGAUUCAAUACCAUCCAAUCAAGGCGCAUGGUGUUGGUUGGAGCAAAAAGGAAUACUCAUUAUUGCGUAUUUUUCAAAUAGCUAAUUUACCAAAUAGAAAAAUUACUAAUUAAUUAUAAAACAAAACCAAAAAGAAACAAUUGAACAAAACCAAAUAAACGUACAUACAUACAGACAUACAUACUUGCCAGAAGCAAAAGCAUUAAGUUCAAAUACGACAUAAUACGAGAUACGACGAUAUCAUAAUUUACGAUACACUACCAUCAUUGCAUCUUAAAACAAUCUAGUUUACGAAACGAAUACGAACGUCGAUGGAGCAGUGGAGAAGCGCAUAGCAGUUAGUCUACGAUUGUAUUGUAAUGUGAAUGUUUUUGGUUGGUCAAUAUAUAAAUUCCUAGUCAAAAAAUCGAAAACUAUUUUCAGUUGAAAUUUAAAAGUGGAAGUGCAAAAAUUGAUGUCAAUAGUUGUUAAAUGUUUUAUUGAAUUAGAACUUGAACAUCUGAAAUGCAUAGAACAAAAUAAAAUUAUGCAGUUUAGAUUUUUCUUUAAUAACUUUUAUUUUGAUUGCCAUCUUUAUUUAUUUCCAACUAUUUAAAUUGCAUCUGAAAAUUGUCGUUAGUUUUUGUUAAGUUGAUCAUUAUUAUUAGUAUUUAUUAUUACAAAUAGAUAUAUAUUUUUUAAGUUAAAUUUUAUACAAUUAUGUGUUUUGUGGUUAACUUUUGUCUAAACCCCCAUUUUGACUUGCCCUUCGCAGGGAGAAUUGUCAUAUUUCGAAAGUAACAAAACGUACAUACAUACAUAAUUAGACACACAAAAUAUACGUUCACACACACAUAAAAAUACAAUAGUUUUAUAAGCUUACGAUAAUAUAAUAUUUAUUAUUAUUACUAUUAUUAAUACUAUUCACAAUAACUUUUAAAUCAGAUUUAAAUAAAUACAAU